GCCUCCCCGGGGCAGGAGGGAGGGACGGAGCAGAGGAGCCGAGCCGAGCCCGCCGCCAGUCCUUCCGUCCGUGCGGCUCCGUCCCGGCUUUGUUGUGCUCGGGYCCGGGGGCGGGGAAGCGGAGGGAAGCGGAGGGAAGCGGGGAAGGCUCCGCUCCUCCUCCGCGGCCCCGGCCCCGCUCAUGGCGACGCUGGGCACAUCCGGGCCUCUCCUCCUUCUCCUCCUCCUCCGGCGGCCGCCGCUGCCCUGAGCGCCCGGCCCGGCUCCAUUCGCGCCUCCCCCGAGCCCUUGGCGGAGCAGCGGCGGGGGAGCCCCGGCCGGGGCCAUGUCCAACCCGGGGGCCCGGCGGAACGGGCCCGUCAAGCUGCGGCUGACAGUACUGUGUGCAAAAAACUUGGUGAAAAAGGAUUUUUUCCGACUUCCUGAUCCCUUUGCUAAGGUUGUGGUGGACGGAUCUGGCCAAUGCCAUUCUACAGAUACUGUGAAGAAUACACUUGAUCCAAAAUGGAAUCAGCAUUAUGACCUAUAUAUUGGGAAGUCGGACUCAAUAACAAUCAGCGUGUGGAAUCACAAGAAAAUUCAUAAAAAGCAGGGAGCUGGUUUUCUGGGUUGUGUGAGACUCCUUUCCAACGCAAUCAACCGCCUUAAAGACACUGGUUAUCAGAGGUUGGAUCUGUGCAAGCUUGGGCCAAAUGACAAUGACACUGUUAGAGGACAGAUAGUAGUCAGCCUUCAGUCCAGAGACCGAAUAGGCACAGGAGGACAAGUUGUGGAUUGCAGUCGGUUAUUCGAUAACGAUUUACCAGAUGGGUGGGAGGAGCGCAGGACUGCCUCGGGAAGGAUCCAGUAUUUGAACCACAUCACACGGACAACGCAGUGGGAGCGACCCACACGGCCAGCAUCCGAGUACUCGAGCCCGGGCCGGCCCCUGAGCUGCUUUGUGGACGAGAACACUCCGCUCCCCGGCACCAACGGCGCGUCCUGCGGGCAGGYGGCGGAUCCGCGGCUGGCUGAGAGGAGAGUCCGCUCCCAGAGGCACAGGAACUACAUGAGCAGGACACACCUGCACACUCCUCCCGACCUGCCUGAGGGAUAUGAGCAAAGGACAACUCAGCAAGGUCAGGUCUACUUUCUGCAUACUCAGACUGGUGUCAGCACGUGGCACGAUCCAAGAGUACCUAGGGAUCUUAGCAACAUCAAUUGUGAAGAGCUUGGUCCACUGCCUCCUGGAUGGGAGAUCCGAAAUACAGCAACAGGCAGGGUUUAUUUUGUUGACCAUAACAACAGRACGACGCAGUUCACGGACCCGCGGCUCUCUGCAAACCUGCACUUGGUCCUAAACAGGCAGAACCAGCUGAAGGACCAGCAGCACCAGCAGCAGCAGCAAGUGGUGUCCCUGUGCCAGCUCCCCGACGAGGCCGAGUGCCUGACGGUGCCGCGCUACAAACGGGACCUGGUGCAGAAACUGAAAAUCCUSCGGCAGGAGCUGUCCCAGCAGCAGCCUCAGGCUGGCCAUUGUCGGAUCGAGGUGUCCAGGGAAGAGAUCUUUGAGGAAUCCUACAGGCAAGUCAUGAAGAUGAGGCCAAAAGACCUGUGGAAACGAUUAAUGAUAAAAUUUCGUGGCGAGGAAGGCCUUGAUUAUGGAGGUGUUGCCAGGGAGUGGCUGUACCUGUUGUCCCAUGAAAUGUUGAAUCCUUACUAUGGGCUCUUCCAAUAUUCCCGAGAUGACAUCUACACCCUGCAAAUCAACCCCGACUCCGCUGUCAACCCGGAACACUUGUCCUAUUUCCACUUUGUGGGCCGGAUCAUGGGCAUGGCUGUGUUCCACGGGCACUACAUUGAUGGUGGCUUCACGUUGCCUUUCUACAAGCAGCUGCUUGGGAAGCCAAUUACUUUGGAUGACAUGGAAUUGGUUGACCCUGACCUCCAUAACAGCUUAGUGUGGAUACUUGAGAACGAUAUCACCGGGGUGCUGGACCACACAUUCUGUGUGGAGCACAAUGCCUACGGGGAGAUCAUUCAGCAYGAGCUGAAACCCAACGGCAAAAGCAUCCCCGUGACAGAGGAGAACAAAAAGGAAUAUGUCAGACUUUACGUGAACUGGCGGUUUUUACGAGGAAUUGAAGCUCAGUUCCUGGCGCUCCAGAAGGGAUUUAAUGAAGUAAUCCCACAACAUCUGCUGAAGACAUUUGAUGAGAAGGAGUUAGAGCUCAUCAUUUGUGGACUGGGAAAAAUUGACGUUAACGACUGGAAGGCAAAUACCAGGUUAAAACACUGUACCCCAGACAGCAACAUCGUGAAAUGGUUCUGGAAAGCUGUGGAGCUCUUCGACGAGGAGAGGAGGGCACGGCUGCUCCAGUUUGUGACUGGCUCCUCCCGGGUGCCUCUGCAGGGCUUCAAGGCAUUGCAAGGUGCUGCAGGCCCACGACUCUUCACAAUACACCAGAUCGAUGCCAGCACUAAUAAUUUGCCGAAAGCUCAUACCUGCUUCAACAGGAUCGACAUUCCCGCGUACGAGAGCUACGAGAAGCUCUACGAGAAGCUGCUCACAGCCAUCGAGGAGACCUGUGGCUUUGCUGUGGAAUGACCCUCCCAGCCUCACCCAGCCUCUAUUUAUACUCCUGUCAGCCAGAAAGCCCUUCCUUCCCUCAGCCAAGACUCAAGAAAUGCUUGAAAUACAGGAAACUUUCCCUUUUCUACACUAGGACACUGGGAGGGAAAGGACAACUUUUGGAUUUUUUUUUUUUUAAAUUUUAAAUUUUUUAAAUUUUUUAUUUCAAGAAAAUAGGUUCUGUGGUUCCUGCCAUAGGAUCAUUCAGCUGCUAUUAAAAACUAAUAUCUUGAACAUACAGAAUGCUGACUUUUCCUACAUUUCAACAGUUAAGCAGUAUUCUAUACUUAAAGACUACUACUAUUUUUGUAAGAGGUAAUCUAUUAUAUUUGCCUACCUGAUUUCUAUUCUCAGAUACCAAGACACAACUUCAGCAGUCGGUACAAGUCAYGUUUCAGCCUGUUUUAAAUGUAUGAUACUGAACAGCAUCUAUACCUGCUAUUUUUGGAAAAAAAUAUUUUGGAUUAUUCUAACUUUGCAUAAAAUUGGCUGAAAGAAUCAUUAAUCUUUUUAAUGAAAGCCACUUACAUGUUAACUGCGUUUUCUUAUAGUAAACCAUUAUAUUCUGCAAUGUAAAUUCCAGGUAAAUGUUGCCACAGGGGCUUUUUUUUUAUAUUUUUCAAGCAGGAAUUCCGAAUAUGACGUUUUGGGGUCCUAUUUAUAUCACUUGUCAGAUUCCUCCAGCAGAAUUUCUAGUGAGUGACACAGACUGUAUUUGGUACAGUCCUUGUGUUUACACGUGGAAUAACCUUUUUUUAAUGAACAGUAGAUGUUUUGAUUUUUUUUUUUUUUUAACAGCAUUUUUCUAACAAGUCUGUCAAGAGUAUUUUUUGUUGCUUUUGACCUUAAAUUGAAACACUGCAUUUUUCAGCUGUUGAAGCACUGAUGGGCUUUGCCAGCAGAAGUCUGUCAGCGGUUUGUUCCAGAACCCAUCCUGUCCAGUCAACCAAAGUUUGUUUGAAUGCAGCCAAAUCAUAUUCUGUAUUUGUUGAUGCUAAAGAUUUAUCAGGUAAAACACGUUGUAAUCUUUGUCCAGCUGCUCAUGACACGUGGGUUUAAGUUACAACUAAGGAAAAAUGGUGUAUUGACUGAAAUAUGUGUAAUGUGCUUUGGAAAUGAGGUUGUAAGAGCACAUAAUUUAUUGAUUGUAGGGAUGGAAGUAAGUAUAUAUAUGAUUUAUAACAUGGGUUGAUCUCUUCAAAGGGGAAUAAAAUGCACUACCAGUAGAGGGAACUGAACUUUGAUGUUAGUUUGGAAAUUCUCAGUUAAGAUCUGUCUGAUCUGCUCGUGGUGUGUGGAUAAAUCAGGCUGCUUAAGAGACRGUGCCAUUCUCCUCUCAGCCAUGAGAAUAUUUGGAAUAAGUAGMAGGUUUUUUCCAAUCAGUGUUGUGUGUUUGUAACUUAGGUUACAAUUAAUCAUCAAAUCUGCACUAUUUUUUCACUGCCAAUGAGAAGAAAGUCAAAGGUAUUGAAAAUGCUAAAGGGAUGGGAUGUAACCAGCUGUUCCAUGUUUGCAGUGUAAGUCACAGUGAACCAGCUCAUUUUCUGUGUGUUCUGUGGAGCUUGAACUCAGUUUUGUUCUGCCAAGUCUGACUGCCACAGUGAGUAAACUACUGCUGGAUGUUGUGUGUUAGAAUAGUGGGCAAGGGACUACUUUUACAGAACUGUGGUAAGAAUCUGGUGAGCCAAAUCCACAUGUUGGUUUGAUUAUUUUUUUUGUACAGCUGCUGCUGGCAGGUUUGUUCCAAGGGACUUUGCUUCCCUUUCUGGGCUGRCUGCAGGCUGAGGCUACUUAGGGAUGUGAACAGGAAGAGACCAGGUUUGAAAUACAUAGAUCCUUUUAUUUUCAUUUCAAGGGACUCUUGCACUCCUGGUGAAGGGCUGCUUCUUUGGCACCCACAUUGGGCUCCCCAGUUGAGGGCUUUCAGAGGAGUUGUCACUGUGCCUGUCUGGUUCUGGGGGAGCAGAGCAGAUUCUUGCCCAGUGUUUCUCACUCCAAGAGCUCCUCAUGGCUGGGAGCACAGCUCCACACCCUCCCCAAACCUCUGCUCAGCCCCUGCAAGUUCUGAUGAUGUGAGUGACUGUUGGAAGGGAUUUCACAGGUUCUUGUGACUGUUCACAGGAGAGGCUCCAGUGCUGUGGAAGUGAAAGAAGUGAUUUCACCCUCCCACCCCCCUCAGGCUGUGGCCGCAGCUUCCCUGGUCAUGGAACAUGGCAAAUAUAAAAUCUGGCUGGUGAAUUUAUUGAAUACAAAGUUAUGGUGUCAUAAAAGCAUCUUUGGGGAGGGAGGAGAUGAGCUCUGCAGAAUAUGGACCCGAGAUCAGCUGAUAAUKACAUUCAUUUUCACAGCAGCCUUAGCAGUACAUGUGUUUUUCUACCAAACAUUUUGGUAUGACAUUGAGAAUUUUUUUUAACUGCCACAGAUAUUGUAAAUUUAAUAUAUUAUAGGCAAAACUAGACAAAUCUGCAUUGAACUUUCCAUAGCUGACAGAUGAGGAUGAAUAUACCAAGUAUUUUGAGUGCCUUUCUACCUUCAUAAAGACUGAGAGCUUUAACUAAAGCACCUCAUCACCCAGUCAGAUGUUUAUCUGAAUAUGGUAAAGGGUUGAUUCCCUUUCCAAAAUUUUGUUUCAAGAACAUGUCAGCUAUUUUCCCCUCAAAAAGGUGCUAAGCCUAAUAUUGCAUUUUAACCUUGGACUUUCACCCCAUGAUUAAUGUGAAUAUUUAUUUCAAUGUGUCCCUCUUACUGGGUUUUACUUUAUCCAGUCUUUAGUUGUUUUAGGGAGAUGUCACAUCAUGGUUUUAUGCUGUUGCUUUUCAUUAUGAAUGUUUAAUUAUGAACAGUGACUUUUGUAGAUUUCAAAUAUACAGUUCACAGUUGAGUUUCAGAGGAUUUAAUUUCUCGGUGUAAAGAGUUUUGUAAUGGUGCUUUGUACAGUAUGUAUUCUAAUUUUUUUUUUUUUUUUUGCACAUAGUUUCAGUUUCCCUAAACUGAUUUAUUUGUACCAAAUUUUUGUGUUGUACUAAAGUCCAGAGCACACAAGCUGUUUUGAAAUUCCUGUCCUACAACACUACAUCUGUCCUGAACUCCUGGUGCGUUUAAAUGCUGCAUUGAUGGAAGUUCAAGCUUUGCUCCUGUCACAGCACCAUCCUCCAGCUUGAUGUAGCAUCUUUUUAAACAGCACCACACAUUACCAGGUGCCAUUUGUUGUACUUUACACUAUGUAGUAGGUUCCUGGCUCUACCACAUCCUCAGAGCUUUGUCUGUAGUUGUAAUUAGUUUAUCCAAGUGUAAUUACUCCUCCACAAACUGACAGUUCUUAGUUUAUCAUUUCCAUUGUAUUUAUUACAGAGUGUUUUAGCGUUGGUAUCAUUGUAUUUUCACUCAGCUGUUACAUGAGCUUUAACAAAAAAAAAAUCUGUAUAAAAUGGUUUUUAAGUACUUAAUGUAUGUACCCAUGCAGAAGUUGAGCAAUAAAUUGUAUGCUGUUUGCACUGUCACAGCAUCAAUGGUUUUAAAAGUUUUAAGUUUUUCUUAAUUAAAUCUUUAAAAUGUAAGAAUGUMAUUUKAAAUAACUGGA